UGUCAGUGACAGAUAAAGCACACAGUCGACCUCGUCGUUUCUCAGAUGACAGUUUUUCCCUCUCAGAAGAAGCAGAAGUGUGAAGCAGACAUGAGGCUCGUGUGCUGGGCUGCAGCUCAGCGUCUCCUGCUGCUCGUCCUGGUUCUUGAGACCUUUCUUCACGUCAGAGCAGAGCAGCAUCAAACCAGAGAGCGACAUUAUUACAUCGCUGCUGUCGAGCUCGACUGGAAAUACUGGGACAGUGACGCACACAGGUUUGGUCCCGCCUAUAAGAAAGUGGUGUUUCGGGAGUAUGAUGAAGGCUUCAGGCAGGCGAAGACUCAUCCCACCUGGUUAGGUCUUCUUGGACCCACGCUGAGGGCCGAGGAGGGCGAGACCAUUGUCGUCACUUUCAGGAACAUGGCCACCGGAGCUCACAGCCUCCACCCACACGGGGUCGCUUACGGGAAACAGUCCGAGGGUGCUCACUACUUUGACAACACGUCACAGAAGGAGAAAGAGGACGACAUCGUGCAGCCGGGCGGCGAACACGUCUAUUACUGGGAGGUGACGUCGGCCGUCGCGCCGCAGAAAAGUGACCCCGCCUGUCUGACCUACACCUACGUCUCACACCAGGACGUUGUCCAGGACUACAACUCAGGUCUCAUCGGGACUUUGCUCAUCUGCAAGCGCGGCAGCCUGGACGAGGACAGGAAGCAGAUCAACGUCCACCACGAGUACGUGUUCCUGUUCGGGAUCUUUGACGAGAAAGAGAGCAGAUACAAAGUCGCGAGCGGAUACGCGACGGACGACCACGUCAAACACACCAUCAAUGGAUACACACACGGAUCACUUCCUGACGUCAGCGUGUGCGCUCACGCCUCCGUCAGCAUCCACCUGGUGGCCAUGAGCUCGGAGGCCGAGGUGUUCUCGGUGCACAUGAACGGUCAGGUUCUGCAGCAGAAUGGACGCAAGAUGUCCUCCGUGGGUCUCAUCAGCGGCUCCACCGCCACCGCCGGCAUGGUGGCCGUUCACCCGGGUCGCUGGAUGCUGUCCUCACACACCAGCAAACACAUCGAAGCUGGUAUGCACGCGUUCGUGGACGUGAAGUCGUGCGAUGACUUUGAGGCGCCGCGGCGACGCAUGACGAUAGCACAGAGGAGAGAGAGCAGGCAGUGGAAGUAUUUCAUCGCUGCCGAGGAGAUACUCUGGGAUUACGCUCCAAAUAUGCCUGAACACAUUGAUGAGGACUUCAAGCACCUCUACUUGAAACAGUCGCCAACACGGAUAGGACAGAGGUACAAGAAGGCCGUGUACACGAUGUACAAGAACGAGUCGUUCACCGAGAGGAUGGAGACAAAGCAGAGGAAGAACGAGCUCGGGAUCCUGGGCCCCGUGAUCAGAGCACAAAUCAGAGACGUCAUCACGAUUGUUUUUAAAAACAUGGCGUCCCGGCCUUACAGCAUCUACCCACAUGGCCUCACAAUAGAGAAGUCAGAGGAGGGAGUCAACUACCCAGAAGGAGGCAACCACUCUCAUGGCGUUCAGCCGGGGGAGACAUACACGUACGUGUGGAGAGUGGUGGAAGAGGAUGAGCCUUUGGAGGGAGACUCGCGGUGUCUGACGAGGAUGUACCACAGUGCUGUGGACACACCGCGAGACAUCGCAUCAGGACUGAUCGGACCGAUCCUCAUCUGCAAGAGUCAGUCCCUGAACGUCAGGAACGUGCAGCUGAAAGCAGACAAAGAGCAGCACGCUAUGUUUGCUGUGUUUGAUGAAAACAAGAGCUGGUACCUGGAUUACAACAUUCGCCGCUUUAGUGAUCCGACCAAAGUCAACAAGGCAAACUCAGACUUCUACAAGUCCAAUGUCAUGCACACAAUUAAUGGUUAUGCUUUCGAGAGCGGCGAACUCUUGGGUUUCUGCAAAGGUGAGAUAGCAACGUGGCACUUGUCGAGCGUUGGAGCGCAGGACUACAUCCAGACUGCGACGUUCUACGGCCAUCCGUUUGAGCUGAACGAGCGGACCGAGGACUUUCUAAGCCUCUACCCCAUGACCGGAGAAACCAUCACGAUGGCCAUGGACAACAUUGGGGUCUGGCUCAUGGCUUCCCUGAAUUCCCAUGAAACAACCAAAGGGAUGCGUUUGAAGUUCCAGGACGUUGAGUGUUUUCGUGACUCUGUGUACGAGUAUGACGAUGAACCAGCAACAGUCAUAGAAUUUACAGUGUGGAAGCCUCCGACCUUGGAAGACAUCAUGAAGGAAGACCAAGCGACUCCGGAACCUGAAACAAAAGCAAAAGGAGCAAAAACAUCUAUAGAUGAUUACACGGACAAGUGGGCAGAGCAAUGGGGCAUCAGGUCCCUGAAGAGCCAAUCUGUGGACUCAGACAUGGAGAAGCUGGACCUCUCUUUUCUCGACUAUGAUGCUGUGGAUGUGCCAGAUGGUGAUACAAAUGUUAACUUCAACAGGACAAAGAGUAAAAAUGAGACAUUUGUUAUUACAAAGCUAAAAACACAAAACAAAACGUUUUCCAAUUUGAUGGAGGUGGACAGUAUAAAUGUCACCGUGGUAAAUCUGCAGCACCGAAGCAUGAGUGAGAACACAACACAAAUACAUACCGCAACUUCUGCUAGCAAUUCUUCCAUGAUCAUAACAGAGAACACAACUGACUCUAAUAAAAUGUUUGAUACAAAGAACACAACAGCCCACAAUGCUACGGCUUCAUCACCUGCUGGAAAUGUAUCUCGAGAGAUGACUAAUUUUAUGCUAUCAAAACAAGAAGCCACCAAUGUUACGCUACCGAAACAAGAAGCCACCAAUGUUACACUAUCAAAACAAAAAGGCCACCAAUAUUUGCGCUACCAAAACAAAAAGCCACCAAUAAACAAGGGCCACCAAUGUUCGAUAAAACAAAAAGCCACCAAUGUUACGAUACCAAAAAAAGAAGCCACCAAUGUUACGAUACAGAAACAAGAAGCCACCAAUGUUACGAUACCAAAACAAGGAGCCACAAAUGUUACGCUACCAAAACAAGGAGCCACCAAUGUUACGAUACCGAAACAAGAGCCCACCAAUCUUACACUUCCAAAACAAGAGCCCACCAAUGUUACGGUAAAUUUGCAAGGAAUUGCUAAUGUCACAGUAUUGUCAGCCGGAAAUGCAACUUCCCACUUGGAGACUGAUAAAAUCAACGGAACCGUGACUGGAGAUAACCAGACAUCUGUGGACACAACAAUGACAGAAGACUCAGAGGAAAGACUCACCAGAGGAGAUGUGUUCUCAUACUCUCCACCUCUAUCCAAUUACAGCACCAGCACUCCCAACAAUUUAACUGAGGGCAAUGUGUCUGUUUCCACUUCAGCAAUUAAACAUGUGAAUGUGUCAGCAAAUGCAACGAACCAUUCAUUGUCCAUGCCAGAGAUUAGAGGGAUUAACAGAACAAGCAGAUACAACCUGACCAUCCUUGAGGUGGAGAAGAAAGACAACAUAACCAGUGAGAACAUCACAGCUCCUGCAGAAAGCUUCUCCAAUACGACUCUGGAUUUGUUUAACCUGACCGUCUCCAGCAGUGGCGUAAACACAGAAAGUUCUGAGGAGCUCAGUUCCCUGGAGAGCAGAGAGGAAGUGCUCAUCUACCUCAAAGAAAACAACACAGAAGUGAUCAAAACCACCUCGGCCAAAAUACAAGGUUACAACUGGACUUAUGAUGGAACUCACCAAAUGGAGCCCAUGGAGAUUCCUGACCACAUGGUGAAAUAUUUUGAGAAACAAGCCCUUCAAACAACACCAGCUCCAAAAAGGAAGCUCAAGAAGGUGAACUUGCGACACAAGCCCCAGAUUGGUGAAGGCAUGAAAACAAGGAGGAGGAAGGUCUACAAGCCUCAGGUCAGGAGCGGUUUACCGUUCUCUCCUCGUGGAUUCAAUCCGGCCAUGACUCCGCGUGGGGCACGACCCAGCGUCCCACAGCCUGUAUCCGAUGAGGAUGAGCUCAUCAACGUGCCUGUGGUCAUCGGUGUGCCCCGGCCAGAUUUCAGUGAUUAUGAGCUGUAUGUUCCCGGGGAUGAACCAAGUCAUCUAGGGCUGGAUGAGGAAGACUUGAAAGCAAAUGAAUAUGAAUAUGUGACCUUCAAAGAUCCCUACAGCAGCCAUGAGGACUUAAAGGGUCUGAGUCUGGAUGAGACAACAAAAUACUACCUUAAGGAUUUAGGCCCAAACGUGAAGACGUAUUACAUCUCAGCAGAAGAGGUUGAGUGGGACUAUGCUGGCUACGGACAAAAGAGGCAGGACAAAAUGCAACAAAACACCCAAAAAACAUCGUUCACCAAGGUGGUUUUCCGGGGUUACAUGGACAGUAGUUUCAGAACACCAGACAUCCGUGGAGAGAUGAAUGAGCAUCUCGGCAUCCUGGGACCAGUCAUCAAGGCAGAGGUUGGACAAAGCAUCAUGGUGGUGUUCAGGAACAAUGCCAACAGGCCGUACUCCGUUCACCCAAAUGGGGUUGCCUACACCAAGCGGACAGAAGGUCUCUCUUAUGAGGACGGAUCCACAUACUGGUACAAAUUUGAUGAUGAAGUUCAACCAAAUACCACCUUCACAUAUCUGUGGAAGGUCGAUGCAAAGGUCGGCCCAUUGCCAGAUGAGUCUGACUGUCGGACCUGGGCAUACUACUCAGGUGUUAAUCCUGAAAAGGACAUUCACUCUGGUUUGAUUGGGCCUUUGCUGGUGUGUCGGAAAGGAACCCUGGACAGGAACUUACCAGAUGUGCGGGAGUUCAUGCUGCUUUUCAUGACCUUUGAUGAGUCGCAGAGCUGGUACUUUGAGCAGAACAUCGAGAUAAUGCGGAGGAAAAGCCGUCGAAGGAUCAUGGUACCCCGUGCCGAGGACGACUACAAGUUCCACUCCAUCAACGGUAUCAUAUACAACCUGAAGGGCCUGAGGAUGUACACUAACCAGCUGGCACGCUGGCACCUGAUCAACAUGGGUGGUCCCAAGGAUUUCCACAGUGUCCACUUCCACGGACAGACGUUCCUCCACAAGCAGACCACGAGCUACAGACAAGCUGUGUUCCCACUGUUGCCUGGGACCUUUGCUACUCUGGAGAUGUAUCCGUCCAGACCUGGCCUGUGGCAACUGGAGACAGAGGUUGGUUUCAACCAGAAAAAGGGCAUGCAGACACUCUUCCUGGUUCUAGAUAACGACUGUUACCAUCCACUGGGUCUCCAAUCGGGCAGCGUGAAAGAUGACCAGAUCACAGCCAUCAACACCAGAGGAUACUGGGAGCCCCAUCUUGCCAGAUUGAACAAUCUGGGUAAAUACAACGCAUGGAGCACGGACCAGAAGCACAGCUGGAUCCAGGUGGACUUCCAGCGGCCGGUUGUGAUCAGUCAGGUGGCCACGCAGGGAGCCAAGCAGCUCUUCAGUUACCAGUAUGUGGUCCAGUACCUGAUCUCCUACAGCACGGACCGCCGCAAGUGGAUCUUCUAUAAGGGCGACAGCAAGGACCUCAGAAAGGUGUUCACUGGGAACAGGGAAUCCUACGAGACCAAGAAAAAUACCUUCUUUCCUCCAAUAAUUGCACGCUUUGUCAGGCUCCACCCCACCGACUGGUACAACAAAGCCACAGUUCGCAUGGAGUUCUACGGCUGCGAGCUCGAUGGCUGCUCGGUUCCUCUGGGGAUAGAGAACGGACUCAUCGAAGACCAUCGUAUAACUGCGAGCUCUGCGGCCUCCAGCUGGUACUCUGGACCCUGGAAACCGUCCCUGGCGCGGCUCAAUGCGCAGGGCUCCGUCAACGCAUGGCAGGCUAAGCACAGUGACAGGAACCAGUGGCUGCAGGUGGAACUUCCUCACGUGCAGAAGAUCACAGGUAUAAUAACGCAGGGAGCCAAGUCUCUGGGCAAAGAGAUGUACGUCAUGUCGUACUCUCUGCAGUACAGCGACGACAACGCUCACUGGAACCAGUACACGGACGACGACGAGCUCCCGUUCAAGACGUUCCCUGGAAACACGGACAACAACAUGCACGUGAAGAACUACAUCUACCCGCCCAUUUUCUCUCGCUUCAUCCGCAUCAAGCCCAUCAGCUGGAUGAACUCCAUCACCAUGAGAAUAGAACUGCUGGGCUGUGAAUUUGAGUGACACACACACACACACAUACACACACACACACACACACACAUCUGUACUGAAUAAUCCAUGUCAGGUCAACCAUACAAAAGAAAACAUAAUACAUAAUAAUGUAUGUGUAUGUGUCAUUUAUAUAAAGGAUGCUGUUCCAUAAAUGAGGAAAUAUCAUUUUAUUUCUUGCCAGAUCUAAUUGUAACCAAACAGAAACUUUUUUAUUUUAUUUUUAUUUUUAUUUUUAUUAUUUAGAGACAGGCUGUUUAAAACGCUGAAUCAUGCCAUAAACAUUAAAGUUUAUAAAUAAAUAAUAUUAAAGAUAAAUAUUAAAGUGAUAGUUCAGGUUUGAGUUUGGCUUUUCAUCCUGCGUCAGCUGGGAUUGGCUGAAUCUACGUCAGUUUAAGUCUACGAUGUCUUUA